GUCUGCACGUGACGUCACAGGCUCUGCUCACUCAUUCUGCAGCACAGGCAUCUGGAUUAGGACUGCAGGAGGGGACCUAUGUCAUAGUCUGGACCCAAAGACAGACGUCAGGCACUGGGCACUGCCACCAGCAAAACCAACUCUGGUGCACCAGCUGGCAGAGGACUGGGCUGCAACCUGUAAGAUUACAACUGUUCUGUACUUGCUGUGGUGACUCUAACUUGGAAAGGAAAGCGUUAAAAGAGCACUCUACUCUGACCACUGGCAUGGUCCACAUUUUUGAACUCUAGCAUUUCCAGAGCACACAGCUUGGUGGGAACAGAAGGCUGUGACUUACCUGUAACCUACCUAGGGACUGUUCUGUGUAAGCUCCAGGUCUCCAGAACUUCUUGCUUUAUGGCACUGCUCUGUGUGAUGUUUUAUCCUGUGGUAGCAGUAUUCCAUUGGCUGGUACAAGAGUGAACCCAGGAUUCUCUACUGGUGUCCCUGGAUUUUGUGUCUCUGAUCCUGAAGCUAUGGCAGCACUGUGGAGGCACCUUCUCAUCCUGCUCAUGUGCCCGCUGUUAUUUGGACCAGAUAACUACAUAUUGGGAGAAAGUGAGAGACUGCAUUCACCUACUUUAGUGGCAGAAGAUGAAAAACACAGCCUUAGUUUAGUAGCAGACAUGGGAGGAAGUCCAACUCCAAACACUGAAUUAACUCAGCCUUCCCAACAUAUCAAAUUUAACCCUACAGUGCAGAAUAUUGUUCUGUCUGAGCUCAAAGAUGUUAGGUUCAAUUGUUCCAUUGAAGUUCCUCAUCUGGAUAAUGGAGAACAGAUAACUUGGUGGAAGAACGGACAGUUGAUCUCCCACUCUGAACACAUCUCCGUCCAGUCUUUUGAAAUCCCAGAUGGUGUGAUGACCACAAUUCUGUCUUUAUGCAGCAUUACAGGUGUACAGAGGUCUGAUAGUGGUACAUAUACUUGCAACUUUACACUCAAGAAUGAAGAAAUUAUUUCAGAUCCUAUCUACAUCCAGGUUGAAGGUCUUCCAUACUUUAUUCGACAGCCAGAAACCUUAAAUGUCACUAGGAACACUCCAUUUAAUCUCACAUGUGAGGCUGUUGGACCCCCUGAACCUGUGGGGAUUUACUGGUAUCAAAACAGCACACGGAUCAACAAUGUUGCGGAAGUGUCACCAGCUGUACUUCAUGUAUCUGGUUUGGAUCAAGCAACAAUAUACAGUUGUGAAGCUCACAACAUGAAAGGACUGACUGCAUCCAAUAAUGUGAAUAUUAACAUUAAAGGAAUUCCUUCUCCUCCUUUUAAUGUGAAGACGUUGAGCAUAUCAUCAAAUCGCAUCAUGCUUUCUUGGGCUUCUGGUUUUGAUGGCUAUUCUCCCAUCAGCCUUUGCAGCAUACAGGUGAAGGAAGUAACAAAAAAUAGCAGCUCUCCAGUGCUGUAUAAUACAUCAGUACCUCCUUACACAUACUCAGUCAGUCAUCUCAAUCCAUUCACCCAACACAAUAUUAGUGUUUCCUGCAUGAACGAAGUUGGCUGGUCCUUGCCAAGUCCCUGGAUUGUGGCUAAAACAGCAGAAGGAGCUCCAUCCAUUGCUCCUCAAAACAUCACCAUAAUAAGAAAUGGCUCACACUCUUUGAAAGUCACAUGGAUACAACCCCCUCUAAGUGCUGCAAAUGGCGCUCUACUGGGUUACAGAGUAAAGCUCAUAUGGAACGUCAGUGGAAAUAAAAACUUAUCCGAUCUUGAAUUCUCCAACACAACUGCUCUGGUCGUUUCUGUUCGAGCUACCAAUGCUACUUGCACAGUGUUUGUCUCCUGCCACACUGUGGGAGGUACUGGACCAUACAGCCAAGCGGUCCAAAUUGUUAUUCCGAGUGAUGGUUCAGUAGCAUCUGCAACAUCAUCAACUCCAGGAUCCGGACCAGUCAGCCCCUACAUCAUAUUGCUUGGCUUCAUAUGUGGCUUAAUGAUCCUUCUCCUUCUCAUUUAUGGCACAGUGAAAUUCAUAAGUAGGAAAAAGGAGAUCGAAUUUGGGCAUGCAUUUGUCAGUUCAGAUGAUUCAGACAUCGUCGUUUACAAGGCGAAGAAGUCCUACAACAGGAAAGGAAUUGAAGUGACAUUGAGUACAUUGGGGAUCAGUGAAGAUCUGCACCAGAAGCUGGAAGAUGUGAUGGUUGAGAGGAACCUGCUGUCCCUUGGGAAAGUGCUUGGCGAGGGUGAAUUUGGAUCCGUGAUGGAGGGAGAACUGCAAUAUCCUGAUGGCACAGCUCAAAAAGUCGCCGUGAAAACCAUGAAGUUGGACAACUUUUCACAAAGGGAAAUAGAAGAAUUUCUAAGUGAGGCAGCCUGUAUGAAAGACUUCAACCAUCCAAAUGUGAUUAAAUUGCUUGGUGUCUGUCUGGAAGUGGGCCCUAGAAGAACCCCAAAGCCUAUGGUCAUAUUACCAUUCAUGAAGUAUGGGGAUCUUCACAGCUUUCUUCUCUCCUCUAGAAUUGGAUCUGGACCUCAACAUGUACCUCUGCAGACUCUUAUUAAGUUUAUGGUUGACAUUGCUACUGGAAUGGAGUACCUUAGCAAUAAAAACUUCCUGCACCGAGACCUGGCUGCACGGAACUGCAUGUUGAGGGAUGACUUGACUGUGUGUGUUGCUGAUUUUGGCCUCUCAAAAAAAAUAUACAGUGGUGAUUACUACCGUCAAGGACGUAUCGCAAAGAUGCCUGUGAAAUGGAUUGCUGUGGAGAGCCUCGCUGAUCGUAUCUACACUGUGAAAAGUGAUGUGUGGGCGUUUGGUAUCACAAUGUGGGAAAUUGCAACCAGAGGGAUGACGCCAUAUCCAGGGGUCCAGAACCAUGAAAUCUAUGACUAUUUACUUGAGGGCCACAGGCUGAAGCAACCAGCAGACUGUUUGGAUGAAUUGUAUGAAUUGAUGUAUCUCUGCUGGAGAGCUGAUCCAGCUGAUCGACCAACAUUCACAGAACUGAAACUUCAGCUGGAGAAGUUUCUUCAAGAUCUGCCUCCCACAGUGAACAAAGAAGAUGUUAUUUAUAUUAACACAAGCUUACCUGAGGACAGUGACCUUCUCACACAAGAUCCAGAGAUAAGUGACAUACCCAUGGAUGUGGAGUCCAAGUAUGUACAGAUCACUCCCUCCUGGUCUGACACAACUAUGGUCACUGUGGAGGUCCAUGACAGUAAUUGUGAUAAAGAGAGGUAUAUCGUGGAGGGUGCAUCUGAAGAAUUGGCUGGUGAAUCGGAACAAGCCUGUGCUCCACUGCUACAUGACAGUAUGCCACGUAACAGAGUGCUAUGGUGUGAAAGCAAUACUCUUCUGGAUGGCAAGUCAUUGACUGAAGAACUUCUCUAUGCUGAUGACUCAGCAGAGGACUCUGUAAUUGCAGUAUAGAGGAUCAAACCAAUUUCAUACAUGUUCUUCCAAAUUAGACAUUAUGAAGAAAGUUGCUUUGACAUGCAGAACCAGGACUGCCUUUAUUUGUAGAACUUGAAAAGCAUUAUUUGACAUUGAAUCAGUGUAAAUAUCAUUCAGUAUUGUGUACAUAAACAGAUGAAUGUAUAGAGUUCUAUAGAUGCAACAUGGUGUAAAUAUUCAGCAUGUAAAUGCUUUAUAACAGCUCUACUGGGAUUCUGAACUGUGCCUUAGUUAGCCCUAGCUGGGAUUGUGUUUUAAAAGACACCCACUGAAAAACCUUUCUACCGCCCCAUCUUAUAUUAAACAUGUUUUAUGAGAUUCUGAUGGCCUGUUCUAAGGAUAAGCCUUGAACAUGUGAUCUUUCUUGAACAUGUUCUGGACCCCAAC